CUCGACGUCCACGGAAGACAACAGUGGUGCAUGAUCGUAGGAUCUUUUCCAUUGUAAAGAAAAAAACCUUCACAACAUCCAGCCAUGUGAAGAACACUCUUCAGGAGGGGCAUAUGCAAGUUAAAUUGCCUAAUAGCAUGUGGAGCUCUGCACACAUGUAUUUCCUGAAUGUUGAGCAAAGAGAACAAAAUUGUCUACAAAAGGAAACUGCAGAAUCCCACCAAGAGAUCAUCUCCAUGUUGCCUCGAAAUGAGUCUCUGCUCAGGAGCAGAUGAAGUGAUCAUAGUGCAAUUUGGCGGCCAGAGAUGAAGACUGAACACUGAUCAUGAAGGUCAGAGCUUGCAUAAGAAAGGUGGUCAGCAUGCGCCUCACAAAGUACAGAAUCAUCGUCAUCUUCUUCAUCGUCCUCUCUCAGGCUGUGUUUGGCUUCAUCUUUGUGCUACGCAAGAUGGAUUUCCUGGAGCAUAAAGUGAAACCCACCAUCCCAGCCCCAGACCGUGACAUCAAUCAAGUCUUCUGCACUUUCCAAUCACUGUCCAAGGAAGAAUCUGUGGAGGAACGCCUCCUACUAGACUCCAUUGCUUGGCCUGAAACUCCACUUCUACUAGAUCCUCUUUCCCUGGAGCAGACCAGUGAUUCUGCACACAGCAAAUUCAUCAUUCUCCCAGGGAGAGGAGGAGGACGUUGGCAUGUAGGGGAUCAGCUGGAGAUUAUGAUUAAAAUGUAUGACUUCCAGGGCCGUCCCAAGAAGUCUGGGGGAGACGUCGUACUCACCCGGCUGCACAACCUGAAGCUUGGUGCAGGUGUGGCUGGACAAGUGGUGGAUCAUCUCAAUGGCUCCUACUCUGCUGUGUUCUCUUUACUCUGGGAAGGAAGCGCACAGGUUGAGGUGACGCUGGUUCACCCUAGUGAGGCUGUCACAGUGCUGCGCAGGCUGACCAGUGAACAGCCAGACAGGGUUUAUUUCCACAGCCUCUUCCGUUCUGGCUCUCUUUCUGAAACUACUACCUGUAACGUCUGCCUACGUCCAACCCAGCAGCCGCUGUGCAAUUACACUGACCUCCGUACAGGCGAGCCUUGGUUCUGCUAUAAGCCAAAGAAUCUCAACUGUGAUGCCAGGAUCAGCCACUCCAUGGGAGGAUUCAAUCAAAACCUCAAAGCCGAGGAAGAGAAGCUCUUUCAAAGUGGUGUCAACAUGAAGGUCUCUAUUCAGGCUUCAGGACCUGCCAAUGUCACAGUGUUGCCGAAAAAGAAAGGUAAACCGGAGGUGAAGAGCAGCAGUGUGAAGUCUGGACCCUCUGGCUAUUACUACCAGGGUGCGUGGCGAGCACUAGGUGGAAUCAUGGUCAACCAAUUCAACACCUCGUCUGCUAUCAGUCAGUGUCUGAAAGGCAAGAAGGUCCACCUGUAUGGAGACUCCACCAUCAGACAGUGGUUUGAACACCUCAACGCAGCACUGCCAGAUCUUAAGGAGUUUAACCUGCACAGUCCAAAGCAAGUUGGACCUUUCAUGGCCUUGGACUAUGCAAACAACAUCUUGGUGACGUAUCGCUGCCACGGUCCUCCUCUCCGUUUUGGCAACGUCCCAACCACUGAGCUGCGUUACAUUGCCAAUGAACUAGAUGGGUUAACUGGAGGCAGCAACACUGUUGUAGUUAUUGGCAUCUGGUCUCACUUCAGCACUUUCCCCAUGGAGCUCUACAUACAGCGGCUGCAGAGCAUCCGCAGGGCGGUGGUGCGGCUGUUGGUCAGGGCUCCAGACACACUGGUCGUCAUCCGGACCGCGAACCUCAAAGCUUUGACACUUUAUGAGACGCUGACCAACAGCGACUGGUACUCACUGCAGCGUGACAAGGUGCUCAGAGCCGUGUUCAAAGGACUGAAUGUUCGUCUGGUGGACGCCUGGGAGAUGAGUCUGGCCCACCACCUGCCACACAGCCUCCACCCACAGCCUCCCAUUAUUAAGAAUAUGAUUGAUGUUCUCUUGUCCUACAUAUGUCCUCAAAAGGGCGGUUAGAUUGUGUGUGUUAGGGGAGCGGAAUGGGGAUGCAAAUAUAUAGUCUGAGUUUACACAUUUUUCCAUCAGUAUUCCAUGCACAGCUAAGUGCACUUUUUCUAACUUAUUUACAUCCAAGGAAUUUUGAGUGAGCACAAAAGAAACAUAACAGGAUAGUAAUCAGCUACAAGCCAGGUUGGGAUCAGGUAUUUCAAAUAGCUACUACAAAUUACAAUAGGCUGGGACACGCAUCCCUAAAAUGUUUACAUCUAAAGAUAACCUGUGCUCUGCUACCGUGUAUAAUGUGGUGACUGUAGUUCACCAUAGUUUCUUAAAGUGCAAUUAGUGAUAGCGUUGUGAUUAUUCUAAACAAAUAUGUACAAAUAUACUUUUAGCUUCAUGGGAAUGUACAUUUCUAGAUGUAACAACUCACCAUUUCAUCUUGUCACCCCCCCCCCCCUUUACAGUCUUUACGCUAAGCUAACUGGCUGCUGGAUGCAGAGUGGUAUCGAUCUUCCAAUCAUUCUCUUGGCAAGAGUGAAUAACCCUAUCUCCCAAAUAUCUCAUGUGUGU